UGCAGUGUGGCCGCGGACGGAACCGAGUCUAGUGGCUUUUCUAACAAGAGGAAAAAGGCGGACUGAAAUAAACUUGUUGGAGUCCAAGUGUUGGAUACUGGGAAGAGACCUUCUUGAGGAACUAGAGAGGGGAAGAUCUACUAGUUUAGGAUCUUGGAAACCUUCUAUUUAUUUACAGAUCUCUUUCCAAAGCCAUGUCUCAGCACAGGCAUAGUGGCGGCGGCAGCAGCAGCAGAGGAUCUGGCUCUUCAAAGGUACGGCAUAUGGAAGUUGAUGAAGAAUUUUCUUUCAGUCAGACUCAGACGCUAAGUCAGGCGCAACGUAGUUUGGAGCAACACUCUCUGCCUGAAGUGGAACAAAAAGUAAAUGAACUGGUGCAAUUCCUUCUGAUCAAAGAUCAGAAGAAAAUUCCUAUUAAACGGACAGAUAUUCUGAAAUAUGUCAUCAAAGACUACAAAGAUCUCUUUCCUGAAAUCCUCAGACGAGCCAACCAGACUCUUCAACAGGUAUUUGGAUUGGGAGUUGUGGAAAUUGACCCAAAGUACCAUUCCUACAUCCUGAUCAGUAAAUUUCCUCCUUUGGAAGCUGAUACUGUGAAUGAUGAUGAGAACACUCCCAAGAUGGGCCUUCUUAUAAUAAUACUUAGUGUUAUCUUCAUGAAAGGCAACGUGAUCAAAGAAUCUGCUGUUUGGGAAAUGCUGAGGAGGUUACAUAUUGACUGUUCUGGGGGAAAACAUAAAGUCUUUGGUGAUGUGAAAAAGUUGGUGACAGAGGAAUUUGUGAGGCAAAAAUAUCUGGAAUAUACACGUCUCCCACACAAAGAUCCUCCUGAGUUUGAGUUCAGGUGGGGACCACGGGCUUUUAAAGAGACUUCCAAGAAGCAGAUUCUACAGUUUGUUGCUAAGAUACAACAUCAGAAUCCCAAAUCUUGGAUGAGUCAGUACAAUGAAGCGGAAGCAGAAGCUAGUGCGAUGGGAAAGUUAUAAAUAUUGUGGUGUUGAAUUAUAAGGAACUGUCAAAAACUCCUUCCCGGAACUUCUAGAACCACUGCCUGCUUUCUGUUACUAUUCUUGGUAGGAUUACAAGAGCCCCAUUUCAUAUAAAGUGCUCUGUGCUUAAUAAGUUCCCUGUUUGUGAAGGAAAGAUUCCAGAAUAGACUGGGCCAUUUUAUUGGUGAUGAAGAUAAGAUUCUUCUCUAAAACUUUAUAAUUAUUCAAGAAUUAGCAAAAGUAUAUUCUGGAAAUAAGAUGAUAGAAUAUCUACUGGAAAUAAAAAUAUUUUUGCAAUCAU